GAUGAAAAUGCCCUUCAAUUGACCCCACACGAAUUGAUGAUGUACAAUGAUCCGCGUUUUGGACAUGAUGUCAGACAGCUGGAAUUGCACCACAUAGCAGCUACUUUGUUGCACAGCUACUCCAAUGCUCUUGAUGCCUGUCCCUGCGGCUGCCGCCAGAAGGGAUUUCAUCCGCUCACCUUGCAGAAGGGAGGUUUGAGAGGCUUCUACGUCAUCUCCAAGACCACAGGCAGGCCACGAUAUCUUCAUCCUCAGGAAGCCGGACAUCUCCUUGGACUUCCAAACUCCGUCCACUACAACCAAUCAGUGAGAGCGAGCUUGGCCCUUCUUGGACUCACGGCCUCACCACUACAAGCCAUCUGGGUUUUCGGACAUUUGAAGAAGAACAACUGGCUGGCGACACAGAAACAACCAUGUCCCAGGGUUGAAGACUGGCUUGGAGCUUAUUGCCAAGAACUCAUGGCUCAGACCAACAACUCACUUGGACUUUCCAUCUCUCCACCAAUGUCUUUGGAUUUGAUGGCAUUCGGUGAGACCCUAGAGGUCAGGACCUUACCAGUCCACAUCCAAGCUUCUCAGCUCCUGCAGGCAGAGCGCAUUUCCUUGGACUGGAACGAAGGAGGAGAACUCUGGCAAGAUGGCCACCACCUUCGACUUCAUGACGCAUUGAAUCCAAGCAGUAGCACUGGACUUGAGCUACUCUGCUAUCACGGCCCAGCUGAACGAAACAAGCCAGUUCAGGAAAUCGUGAUUGCGAUUCAACAUGAAGAGGUUCUCCAAAUCCAUCAAGUACCUCCUGGGCGUUUUCUGUUUGAGCUGCUGACGGACAUGGGUCUCCCUCUCGUCAGAAAGGUCAUCAACGCAGAAGGGAAGUUGCUACAAGUGGACUUCAGAUUGUGGCAACCUAUGGCCUUGUGGACUGUAACUGAAGCUCCUUGGCAUCAACCCAGCGGCUCAUUUAGGAGGGCAAAUGGAAGUGAAUCCCCUGAACAACUUGGACUACAUGAUGGCCAAAUCUGGAGUGGCAUUCACAGCAUCCUACGAAGACCUGAGGGGAUGCGAGAAACACACUUGAUCAUCCACCCGGCAACAGCUGAUGCCCUGCUCCAUGACUGGAUCUCACCAGCACACAUCCUGCAAAUGCAAGACGACUUCCAUCGCUCAUCUGGCAACAUCCUGUGCGUCUUUGAGGCCCAUCGACAUUGGACUUUCCUCUGGGGUCAGAAGCUGGACCACUAUAUCCACUGGACACACUUUGAUGGACUUUUUGGAUUUGUCUCCACAGAGGCGCAACUAUUGGCCUCCAACAUCUCAGGCCACUUGGGUUUGGAUUUUCACCCACCAAAGCACCGCUGUGACAUCCCUCAGCUGGACCCCCACACCUGUGGUACGGUGGCUCUCGCUCACCUCCAUCAGUUGCUGAACCCUGGACUUAUGGUUCUGUCAACUGACAUCCUCUUUAUCCACACCUGGAUUCUUCACCACAGGGGACCCAGUGGAAGUAUCUAUGCCACCGGACUCACGACUCUGUCACCUGAGCAGAUGACAAAGCUCACGGGCCUACUUGCUGAGCAUGGGGUGCCAGAAAACAAACUUAUGGAACGAGCACAGUUUGUGAUUCAGAAACUGGGAGCUCCUGCCAUCAUUGCGGCUUUUGUCGCCAAGAACUGUGGUGACCCAUGGAUGGAUGCAACUUGCGACCCUUGGAAUUCUUGGCAACCAACCACGGGACAGUCAACUACCAAACCAGCUUCUGGCAAGAGUCAUCUGGCCGAAAUGACUGGACAACUUCGAGAUGAACUACAAGAAUCCAUGCGCAAAGAACUGGAUCAAUACAAGCAACAACAUGAUGAUCGCAUGGGUGAACAGACCACGGCUGCCACCGAAGCUCGCUUCCUUCAGAUUGAAACUACGAUGGGUGAAAUCCAGGCCCAACAACAGCAGUUCAAUCAAUGGUUUACUCAGGUUGGCCAAGCCACAUCGGCAACUGAAACGGCCAUUCAGACCAUCAACUACACCUUGAGCACUCAUCAGCAAGAGCUUCAAGGAUUACAUCAGGAAGUGAAAACGGUGUCGGAGAACCUGGGCAACACCAUUCAGAAGACGCUGGUCAACCACCAAUCAGAGAUGACGGCGGACUUCUCAGCUCGCUUUGACAAGCUUGAGGCGAUGUUUGCCAAAAGACCCUCUGAUGUCCUCACCAUUGGCACCACCAACCCAGGAGGACUUAGAAACAAAGAAUGGCUAGCAGUGGACCAAGGGUGUGGAAUCUGGACUUACUCUGAGACUCAACUUUCCAGAGUCACCCAAUUUUCCACUGCCAAAGCGCUCAAGUACUAUGCCCAACAAGUUGGACGACAUCUCCAAGUCCACUUUGGCGCACCAGCUCCUUUGAGAGCACGUUCCACCUGGGCAGGAUCAUGGACAGGAGUGGCCUGCACCAGUGACUUUAGUUCCAAGCGUCUUCAAGUUCCCUGGCCUGAUGAUUUUUGGGAACCUGGCCGAGUGCUGGCUACCCAACACUACGUGGGCCAUCACAUUGUGACGUUGGUCAGCAUUUAUGGUUUACCUCGUGGCCCCACCUGGCCCAAAGCCACGGCCAUCACAACGGAUAUCAUGGACUUUAUCUCAAAGGAGUUUGUGAUCGGCAGUUCCGGCAUUGUGCUGAUUGCUGGAGAUUUUAACUUCAGCCCCCAUGAGCUCACCAGUUUUGAUACGUGGAGGGCCUAUGGUUUUUGUUCAGCACAAGAAAUGGCCGCGCAGAGGUGGAAUCAUGAAAUUGUGCCGACUUGCAAAGGCACGACUGAAAGGGACAUGAUUUGGAUGUCUCCGAUGGCAGCCUCCCUGUGUAACAAUCUUCAUGUCCAAGAUGUCUUUCACGACCACUCAUCUCUGGCGGUCGAAUUGAACAUUGGGGUGCUGAAGCCAUCAAUCCGCACAUGGCCCAGGCCGAGGGAGAUACCAUGGGAUCAAGUUCAAAUUGCUGAUUGGCAUCAACAAAGUCACGAAACUCAACCUCUUGAGCAUUCUAGUUCCACUGAGACCUUGAAACAGCUCGCUCGGACCUUUGAGCAGUCUCUGAAUGGUUUUGUCAGAGACCUGCCUUCUCGGUCUUUGUCUUCGGCGCACUGUGGGCGUGCGCAAAGACUUGCACCAGCCAAAUUGACACCCACGCCACAGUCUUGUAGGGCAAGCAGACCUGGCGAGGAGCACCUGGUUGCAGACACGGUGAACAAAGCUGUGAUCCUUUGGUUCAAACAACUAAGACGGAUCCAGUCAUACAGACACUCCAUCGUGGCUGGACAUCAACACCAGAAUGCUGUACAAUAUCGAAUCGAGCUGUGGUCCGCAAUACGACGCUCAAGAGGUUUUGAAGGUUCUUUUGAUGUAUGGUGGCUGCAACAAGACUUUGCACAAGUUCUUGGACCUUUGCCACUUCUACCACCUGAUGCCCAAGCAGCUGACCUGAUUUUUCAAGCCUUCCAUCAUGCUUUUCGUACCUUCGAAAGAUGGAACUUGCAGCAAAGACAACAAGUUUUGCAAGCCAGAUAUGACAAGACUAUGAAGGCCCUUUUUCACGACUUGCGAAAAGCCAGACCUGACCAAGUCGAUUCUUUUUGGGAUACUAUGGUUUUUGAGGUGAUUGCCACAAAGUCAGCAACGAAUGGCAUCCUUUUGAACAAACAGGCGUUUUCGCCCAGCGGCAGCCCGUGGAGCAGAUGGAUGGGCCAGAUUGGAUCUUCUCAACAUGCCAAGAGCACUGAUGCAGAGGAUGCUCUCUAUUCUCUCAGCAGUGGAAAAUGGCAGCCAGCCAUGGCCACAACAGCUCCUGGAAGGCAGAUGCUUCACCAACUUGAGCCAUACAUCCAUGCGGAUGCACAUGGUUUCCUUCCCACACGGGAACCAGCCCAGACAUGGCUACAUGUACAAGCCGCAGUCGAAACCUCUAUUCAGUCAUCCCUUCCACUGGCUGGAAUUGGCACAGACUUCGUCAAAGCAUUUAACUGCAUUCGACGUGAACCUUUGUGGGCACUGGCAAAAGCAAUUGGCAUUCCGGAGACCUUACUGCAUCCAUGGAGCACAUAUGUGGCCAAGUUUACACGCAGAUUUCAAGUCUGCAAUCAAGUUGGAGAUGCACAUCUCUCGACUCAAGGGUUUGCAGAAGGUUGUCCACUCAGUGUACUUGCCAUGGCUCUGGUUGAUUGGGGCUUCCAAAUCUACCAGCACCACUACGCUCCUCAAGUGAGACACUUCUCCUUUGUGGAUAACAUAUCAAUGUUGGCCAGGGAGGCACGUUUGGUUGCAUGGGCCUUCUUUACUUUGAGGGCUUUCCUGACCAUGUGGGGCCUCUCCAUUGAUGUGGACAAGACCUAUGCUUGGGGUACCACGCGCGAGCUCCGAAACCAACUGGGCCAUUUGGGCAUCAACGUUGUGCAGGAUGCCAGUGAACUGGGAGGCUCCCUUUCCUUUACUGCAGCGCAUAGGGUCCGAAUCUUCAUUCGCAGAGGAGACUCUCUGCAGGAGAAGUGGCUUCAGUUACGCAGAUCAAGGGCGCCAUUAGCUCAACUGCUGACUGAUGCAUGGUUUCAACAUGUUGCUACCAGAGUGCACCACAAGACCAUGGCUGGUCUAGAGGGCCUCGAUGUGGAGUUGACGAAACUUGACCAUGACAAACAGACACCAUUAACACUGUCGAGGGUGCGAGCCUUGCAGUCCGGUGCCUUUGUUUCCUCAUGGCAACAUGCAAAGUUUGACAAAACUAAGCAGCCGGUUUGUCAGGUUUGCCUCACACCGGACACGCAGACACACUGGUUGACAUGUCCAAGAUUUGACACUCAGCGCCAUGAAUGCGGCGAUUUGCUGGCAUGGAUUGACUCUGCACCUCCUUGCGUAACUUUGCACUUGCUGGCACCGCGCUCACCAUUUGUGCAGCCUCUCAAGACCUACUUUCUUGGCCUGGAGGACGCUUGCUGCACCUUUAACAGUGCUCCUAGGUGGGGGGAAACCAAUCAUGUUUUCACUGAUGGUUCUUUUUUCAAAGGGAUUGUUUCAACCUUAGACAGAGCUGCAUGGGCGGUUGUGAACGCCACCACGGGCCGCAGCAUCAGUCAUGGACCAGUCCCUGGACUCCUACAGACCAUUGGACGGGCAGAACUUUGGGGCAUCUUGUCAGCGAUCGAAUGGGCCAUCACUUAUGAUGCGGAGAUCAUCCUCUGGACUGACUCAGCAGGAACUUGGCGUAAGGCAAGACGACUCCAACAGCAUGAUGGAGAACUUUUCUUUGAUGGAGAGAACGAUGAUUUGUGGCGGAAACUGACGGAGGCAUUGAUGCGUACCAGAGAGGGCCAAAUUGACUUCCGCUGGACUCCCUCCCACAUUGACACCAUCAAAUGUGACAACGCCAUUGAGGAGUUCCUUGCAGUCUGGAACGACAUAGUAGAUCGACAUGCCAUCCAAGCCAACCGGCAGAGAGGCGACCAAGCGCAGCAACUUCUGAACGAAGCUGAAGAAUACUACAAGCUUUGGAAGGAUAGACUGCACCACUUGCGAACCUUCUACACGCUGGUUGCGGAUGCACGACAAGAACCCCUUGAAGUCAUAGAUCUGAUAGCUGAGCCGGCAAAUUUAGCCCAACAAGUGGCUGGAAUCACUCUUGGGGAUGCCUUGCCAGUGAAUUGGCAGUUGAUUUUGGCAUACUCUCAAGAAUCCUUGAAGACAGAACUGGCUGCUGCUGCACCGCGUUCAGCUGUGCACA